GGGGCUUUAAACCCGUUACACUGGAUUUUUAAACGGCUGUAUAUUCUGUGAUAUACUUUUUUUCAAAAAAAUAUCUGAAAUCAAUCACUCAACUUUUUGAGAAAAGGAAGUGGGAGGACGGUGCCUUUAAAAUGAGUUCUCCAUCUUCUGGAUCUUGCGCCCUGUCUAUGAAGAGUGAUCAAUCAGUGACGAAUGAUCCUCCUGAUUUAAUUGAUGGAACAGUGACCUCUGACCUGAGUAUCACCAGGAAACGGAAAUCAGAGUCUCCAAUACCCAGCAGUGUGUCUGUGAAGAGUAACAGAUCCAUUGACCCACCCUAUAAUUUCAGUGAAGGAACAGAGACCUCUGACCUUACCAUGGAAGAGAAACAUGAGCUGAUCAGAUCUGUGUCGUUCUCUACAUCCCACUACCAAACCCACAUCAGACGGGACAAAUCUGAAUCAACCUUGAAGACACACACAUUGGAGACUGGAGACGUGCAGAGAGUCAAAGACCAGCACAAAACCAGCAUGAAGAACAAGUACGAGAGAUUAUUUGAAGGAACCAAACUCCAAGAGAAUGAAACCCUCCUGAACAGGAUCUACACACAGCUCUACAUCAUAGAGGGAGAGAGAGAAGGAUCGAAUGAAGAACAUGAGGUUUUACAGAUGGAGAAAACAGCCAGAACACAACACUCACAAGACACUCCGAUCCACUGCAAUGACAUCUUUAAAGCCUCUCCUGAACCAGGACGCCAGGAGAAAGACCAAAUCAAGACUGUUCUUACUAAAGGCAUCGCUGGAAUCGGGAAAACCGUCUCUGUGCAGAAGUUCAUUCUGGACUGGGCCGAGGGAAAAGACAAUCAGGAUGUAGAUUUCAUGUUUGUGCUUCCAUUUCGAGAGCUGAACUUGAUCCGAGAUCAUCAGUACAGUCUUCACAGACUUCUGCUGGACUUUCAUCCUGAACUUCAAGAUCUGGACUCAAAGAUGUAUGAGGAGUGUAGAGUUGUGUUCAUCUUUGAUGGUCUGGAUGAAAGCAGAAUCACACUGAUGUUUUCAGACGCUCAGGAAGUUUCUGAUGUGACUGAGACUUCAUCAGUGGGUGUGUUGAUGUCAAACCUCAUUAAAGGAGAUCUGCUUCCCUCGGCUCUCAUCUGGAUCACCUCCAGACCAGCAGCAGCCAAUCAGAUCCCCACCAAAUACAUCCACCGUCUGACAGAGAUUCAGGGAUUCAAUGAGCCUCAGAAGGAGGAAUAUUUCAGGAAGAGAAUCAGUGACGAGCAUCAAGCCAGCAGAAUCGUCUCUCACAUCAGAAGAGCAAGAAGCCUCCACAUCAUGUGCCACAUACCCAUCUUCUGCUGGAUCUCCUCCACUGUGCUUCAGAAGCUCCUGGAAGAAGAUCUGAGUGCAGAAAUCCCUCAAACUCUGACUGAAAUGUACAUCCACUUCCUGCUGAUUCAGAUCAACAUGAGGAAACAGAAGUAUGAAGAGAGAGAUCCAGAGAAACUCCUGCAGUCCAACAGAGAAGUGAUUGUGAAACUUGCUGAAGUGGCUUUCCAUCAGCUGAUGAAGGGCAAUGUGAUGUUCUAUGAGGAGGACCUGAUUGAGAGCGGCAUAGACGUCACUGACGCCUCAGUGUAUUCUGGGAUUUGCACUCAGAUCUUUAAGGAGGAAUGUGUGAUUCAUCAGAGGAAAGUCUACAGCUUCAUUCAUCUGAGCGUUCAGGAGUUUCUCGCUGCUUUCUAUGCAUUUUAUCAUUAUGCUAUCGAACUUUUUGACAGGUUGCAAUUUUGUGAUGUGAUGCAUAAUCUGCACAGGGAUGCAACUGAUAAAGCUCUUGAGAGUGAGAAUGGGCACCUGGAUCUGUUCCUGCGGUUCCUGCUGGGCGUCUCACUGGAGUCCAAUCAGAGACUCUUACAGGAUCUACUGACACACACAGAGAACAGCUCAGAGAGCAUCAGGAGAACCACACAGUACAUUAAAGAGAAGAUCAAAGAUGGACAUGGACUCUCCACUGAAAGAUCCAUCAAUCUGUUCCUCUGUCUGCUGGAAGUGAAAGAUCAGACUCUGUCCAGAGAGAUUCAGGAGUUUGUGAAAUCAGACAAACACUCAGAGAAGAAACUCUCUCCUGCUCACUGCUCAACAAUCGCCUACAUGCUUCAGAUGUCAGAGGAGGUGCUGGAUGAGCUGGACCUCAACAAAUACAACACAUCAGAUGAGGGGAGAAGAAGACUGAUACCAGCUGUCAUCAACUGCACUAAAGCUCUGCUUGUUGGCUGUUAUCUCACUCAGCAUUGUGAAACUGUGUUUCUGGCUCUACAAUCAUCAAACUGUGUCCUGAGAGAGCUGGAUCUGAGUAACAAUGACUUGGGGAACUCAGGUGUGAAGCUGCUCUCUGAUGGACUGAAGAGUUCAGCCUGUCAGUUGGAGAUACUGAGGUUGUCCGGCUGUAUGGUGACAGAGGAAGGCUGUGGUUAUGUGUGUUCAGCUCUGAGUUCAAACCCCUCACACCUGAGAGAGCUGGAUCUGAGCUACAAUCACCCUGGAGAAUCAGGAGUCAAGCUGCUCUCCGACAAACUGAAGGAUCCAAACUAUAAACUGGAGAUACUGAUUUUAGAUCAUGGAGGACAUUUCAGGAUCACACCAGGACUGAGAAAAUAUGCCUGUGAUCUCACACCGGAUCUAAACACAGCACACAGUCAACUCACUGUGAUUAAGGGGAACAGAGUUGUGGAGCACAACAAAGAGGGGAAACCGUAUGCUGAUCAUCCAGAGAGAUUUGAGCACCAUGAGCAGGUUCUGUGUGAAGAGAGUCUGACUGGACGCUGUUACUGGGAGGUUGAAUUGAGCGGUUCAGUUCAUGUAGCAGUGGCAUAUAAAGGAAUCAGCCGGAAAGAAGGGAGUGAGUGUAGGUUUGGACUCAAUGACAAGUCCUGGAGUCUCUUCUGCAGUAAUAAGGUUUACUCUUUUUGGCACAAUAGUAAAUGCAUUGAUAUAUCUGGUCCUUCAGCCCGCUCUAAUAGAGUAGGAGUGUAUCUGGACUGGUCUGCUGGCACUCUGUCCUUCUACAGCAUCUCUGACACACACACACUCACACUCUUACACACAACCUCUGCCACAUUCACUGAACCCCUCUAUGCUGGAUUUGUAAUUUAUCCAGAUUCUUCUGUGUCUCUGUGUUAGGAACCAUACUUUAAACAAAAAAAAAAAAAGAUAUGGAAAAAAGAAAAUUGUAACUUUAUUAUUUGGAAUUGUAACUUUCUUUCUCACA